AGCUCCCGCAGACCGCCUGCGCUGCUCGACUGCAACGAUCAACGCUCCAGCUUCCCUUCCAUCUCCUUCGAUCUCACUCUCUUUCUUGUAUUAAGUCUUUACUUAGACAUUACUCAUUUCCUGUGUUAUACCAUGGCUGCUGAGGACGAUCGCUCGCAACCUCUCACAUCCAAGAGACCGCACUCCGCCGUCGACGGCGCUGAGGACGACGGAAAUGAUUCCUCUUCUGACGAUGAUUUUGGCCCUGCCCUUCCCUCGGCCGAUGCGCCCAAGAAGAAACGACGGAAGCUCCCCUUCGAGAAGGUCUAUGUGAACGCGCUGCCUGCCUCGCCUCGAUACUCCAAAUCGCUCAUGCACAAAGACCAAUUGUCGUUCGUGACCAUAUCGCCGCACACCGAUUUCCUAAUCACCUCGUCGAUUGACGGCUUUGUCAAGUUCUGGAAGAAAAUGGCGGUCGGUGUCGAGUUUGUCAAAGAGUUCCGGGCUCACAACGGCGAAGUGAGGAGUGUCAGCGUCAGCGCUGACGGCAGGAGUUUUGCGACGACGGGGAGCGAUAAAACGGUUAAGAUCUUCGAUGUGAUUACGUUUGAUUUACUAGCCAUGAUUACUCUCGAAUUCACUCCGCGCUGCGUCUGUUGGGUACAUCGCCGAGGCGCAUCGCUACCGCUGCUGGCCGUUACGGAUGAGGGCAGCAGCACGAUUCAAAUCUUUGACGGCCGUGGAGAGAAUGUCACCCCCCUGCAUACCGUCAAGUCCGUCCACCGAAGCCCCGUAGCGGCCAUUGCCUUCAACGAUGCGUACGAUUGCGUGGUUUCCGCCGAUGAAUCGGGCAUGAUCGAAUACUGGCGAGCCGGCGAUGGCUCCUUUGAGAAGCCCGACAACGUGUUUGAGCUGAAGUCGUCCACCAACCUGUUUGAAUUUAAAAAAUCCAAAUCGACUCCGACCUCCUUGACCAUCUCCCCCUCCGGCGAGCAGUUCGCCGCGAUGUCUUUCCCCGACCGUCAGGUUCGUGUAUUCGACUUCCCUAGUGGAAAACUGCACCGCAAAUAUGACGAGUCACUCUCUACCAUCACCGACAUGCAGCAGGCCGGCACCGCCAUCUACCAGUUGGACGAGCUGGAGUUCGGCCGUCGGCUCGCGGUGGAGCGCGAAAUCGAGAACCCCGUCACUCAGCCCCGAGUCAACGUCAUUUUCGACGAGUCCGGACACUUCAUUCUCUAUGGUUCCCUAUACGGCGUCAAGUGUAUCAACACCUACACCAACCGCGUCGUGCGCGUCUACGCCAAAGACGAACCGUUCCGGGCACUCAACCUCGCCAUGUACCAAGGGCAACCGCAGCGGAAGGGCGUGAUGACCGUCUCCAUGGCUGCCAGUUCGAAUCCCCUCCUCCAGGAGGCCGAGGAGCGCGACCCUAUCCUCGUCAGCACGGGGUACGCCAAGCUGCGGUUCUACCUGUUCACCAACGAGACCGAGGUGUCCAAGUCCUCGCGAGACGUGCAGAACGAACGGCCGGCGCAAGCGGCCAGUGGCCGCGAAACCGCCGCCCAAAAGGCGAAGGAACUGGGCACGUCGGCGAUCUUGCACACCACGAUGGGCGACAUCCACCUGCGGCUGUUCCCAUCGGCGGCGCCCAAGGCCGUCGAGAACUUCGUCACGCACGCGCGCAAUGGCUACUACAACAACACCAUCUUCCACCGUGUGAUCCGCAAGUUCAUGAUCCAGGGCGGUGAUCCCAUGGGCGACGGCACGGGCGGCGAGUCGAUCUGGGGCGGCGAAUUCGAGGACGAGUUCUCCAGUCUGAAGCACGACAAGCCUUACACGCUCUCCAUGGCCAACGCGGGGCCCAACACCAACGGCAGCCAGUUCUUCAUCACGACAGAGAAGACGAGCUGGCUCGAUAACAAGCACACGGUGUUUGGUCGCGCCGUUCAGGGUCUCGACGUUGUGCACAAGAUCGAGAAUACGAAGACGUUUAAGGAAAAGCCGGAACAUGACAUCAAGAUCGUCAGCAUCACGGUAUCAUGAGAUAUCGAUGGAUCUAGGUCUCGGAGGCGUUUUGCUUGCUUCGACUUUCUUGUCUUUAUUUUCUUGCAACGAUAAUGACGGAUGUAUUGAGAUUUAUUACGCCGGCGUUGAUAUAGAUCUCUCAGCCUACUUUGUAAAAUAUACUACGCAAUCCUAUCAUCAGCAAUGUAAUCUUUCUUUUUGUUCAUGCCUCUCCUCGAUACAAAAUCCAUUGUUCCAGAGAGAGCCACAUAUCAAAAUAUAACCGGACGGGCCAAUCAGGCCUCCGAGGAUUCAUUAUGAUUCAUACCGAGUCGGCGUCAUCCAUGAGGUCAGCAAAACAAAUGACAUGGCGUCCGAGGACUAGUCUCGCAGCCAGACAAAAAGUAAAAGGAUACAAUAAAAUGAUAGAAAUUAAGAGCAAGGGGUGACGGCGCCAAGAAAGAAAGGUAAAUAUUCACAAACACCGCGCGGAAGACUCGAACACAAGUAGCUGUACGCGAUAGAUUUUAUCAAAAGCCAACCGGAGAUACGCAACGCCCGAUAUAUGCAACAUUAGCAGGGAAGUUGUUGUAGAAAGCAACGAGCAGGCGGCGAAUAUCAUGAGACGGUCUCAUGAUUAAUCCGCUCUGUAUAUUAAGAAGCUCUAGAUCCAGACAAUUCACAUAAGUCGUGUCCGGAUCCGGCAUGGCUCAGACAAAUGAUUGUUUCAAGUUGGAGAGAUGGGCUCCGGGGGUAAGAAGAAUGAAAGGAAAAGGGAUUAGCCAACGUCAAAUAGGUAGGUUCAUUAUCACCGAGGGACUUCGCGGAUUUCGAUAUCACCCUCGUCCGCAGGCUGCGAGCUCUUCUGCAAACGCGACGGCGUUCGACUUGGCCGACUCGGAGGAACGGCGGCUUCUGUGCGAGAACUGCCAGCGACCGAAUCCGGGUUCAUAUAGCCGGCCGGCUGUGCCUGGCCCGGGGCCUGAUUAGCAGCCCAGGCGCCCGGAGGGGCGCCAGGCUGACCGGGGGCAGGACUGGGGGUGGCAUUUGGCCCACGAUUGAAAAGCAGGCCACUGUCGGUACUUCCGGUGCCGGCGGCAUGGUAGAGGCUGGGGUACUUGGCAUCGUGACGCCGCUUUAGCCAGACUCCCAGCACGGUGAUGAUGGUGAAACCGACGAUGAGGACGAUCACCAUGAUGAUCCACUGGUAAUGAGAUGACCACCUACACCGUCAACAGUUAGCGAUAUGAUUCCCCGGCACUUCAAGCAGACAACGGAACAAUCACCUACCAGGACGGAGGAGCGGGGUCAUCAUUCUGGGCCUUGGCCUUGGCGGUAUUCGUCGAGGUCGCCGAGUCCUUUUGAGCGGAAGACGUUUUGGUCGACGAGGAGGCGGUCGUGGUUUUUCCCCCGGAGGAACAGUAGUCGCUGUACCAUUUCUGCAGCAACGAACGAUCGGAGGCGCUAGAGCACGUGUCGUCGCAAGUUCCGUCGCCGGUAUUAUGGAGAUUCGAGAGCAGGCUUGACUGGCAGAAGCACGAAACGUAGGUCGCAUGGCCGUUUGCCGGAGCGGCCGGAGGGACGCAGCCACUCUGGGCCUGCUUCAGGUUGUUGCAUGACAGGCCACAUUGGGGGAAGGAAUCGGAGGCGGCGGAUGGCAAGAGAGAUGUGUCGUCGGCAGCGAGAACGGCGGUUGCCAGAAUGAGGAAAAGGACAAGGACGGAAAGGAGGCGCGAGGAAACAUGCGAAGUCGACGUGAGAGCCGAUCGCAGGGUCGCGGUCGGCGACAACCAACGUGCCAUGACGACGACGAAGAGGGACGAUUGGGAGGGAGACUGGCUGGCUUUGGGGUGGAGACCGGGACAAGCUCACAGACGGCCCACCAUCAUUCAGGGACCUGAGUUUGCUGAGGGAGGGAAUCAAAGGGGAGGGGGGAAAGUCGAAUAAACGAAAGACCGAAGGGUAGGAGGAGGUGGAUGAAAAGAAAAAGAGAGAGCAAGAGGCCCAAACGAUUGUAAGCAACGGA